AUGAAUCUCCAUGAGGAAGCUAUUCAGGCAAUCCUUGGGGAUCAAUGGCCUUCAGCUUUUGCAACACAAGGACAGUGGCAUGUCUUUAUGGUCAGCUCAGUGACAGACCCAAACAUUGAAUCACCCUCCACUCCUCCAAUUUUCUAUACAUUCAAUGUGGUCUUUGAAGAUUUAGCAGCAAGAUUAGCGGAUGAAGAAUGUGAUAAACUCCUGGAACUGCCUGGAGUCAAUGUGGUUUUCAAAGACACUGUGAGGAAACAACUUCAUACACCCCAGUCACCACAGUUUCUUGGUCUGAGCACAAAUCAUGGUCUGUGGCCAGACAAACUUUGA